CCGCCCCAUGCCCUGCGCGUGCCAGUCUGAGCUGUGCGAUCCGCUACUUCCCGGAUUUAACCGUUUCCCCGCGAGCGCAGAGCGCGGCCGCCGCCAUGGAGUGCACCAUCCCCGCCCAGUGCCAACUGCUAUUCCGGGCCUGCGAGGACGGAGACUCUGAGGGUGUCCGGAGACUGCUGGAGCCGGGCAGCGCCGAUCAUCCCGGGGGAUCCAGCUGUGCCGGGGGGCCGGACGGGGUGCUGCCGGUGGGAGCGGACUCGGUGCCCGUGGACUGCACGGACGAGGACGGUAAUACGCCGCUGCAGCUGGCGGCCAGCGGGGGACACGAAGCGCUGGUCCGGAUCCUCCUCAGGAAGGGGGCCUCGGUGGACAGCAGGAAUCACUACGGCUGGACCCCCCUCAUGCAGGCUGCCAGGAUGGGACAUUUAAAUGUUGCUCUUAUACUUCUGGAAAAUGGUGCUGAUGUUAAUGCCCAGAAUAGACUGGGAGCCAGCGUCCUCACAGUGGCGUCAAGAGGUGGCCAUGUUGGCGUGGUCAAGCUUCUUCUGGAAAGUGGGGCAUUUGUGGACAAUUAUGAUCAUUUUGAUGUUAAUGUUGUUAGCAACAAUGGUCUUAAGGAGGAAAUGCCUGAUAUAACUGCUCUCAUGACAGCUGCACAGCACGCACACGAGGCAGUAGUGCGCCUCCUACUGGACUGGGGGGCUGAUGUGAAUUACCGUUUAAAAACUGGAUGGAAUCCCUUGAUGCUGACUGCUCUCCAUGGGCGAGUGAGUGUAGCACAGCAGCUAGUGGAUAGGGGUGCUGACCCAGACCAUGUCAACAUUUUGGAGAAAACACCUUUUGAAAUUGCUUUGCAUUUAAAACAUAAAGAUUUGAAGGAUUAUUUGGAUCCCAUAACUACAAUUAGGCCAAAGACGGAUGAAGAAAAGAGAAGACCUGAUGUGUUUCAUGCUGUGAAGAUUGGCAAUGUACAGCUGGUCAGAGAAAUUAUAGAUGAUGAUCCAAAUCAAGUGAAUGCCGUCAAUGGUGAUGGGGCAUCUCCCCUGAUGAUAGCCGCGGUUACUGGAAAACUGGAACUUGUACAGCUGCUGGUUGACAAGAAUGCAGACAUCAACAAACAGGACAAUGUUCAUGCGUGGACUGCUUUAAUGCAGGCCACCUACCAUGGAAACAAAGAAAUUGUGAUCUACCUCUUAAAUCAAGGAGCUGAUGUCAACCUGCGUGCCAAAAAUGGGUACACGGCAUUUGACCUUGUGACACUACUAAAUGAUCCAGAUAUAGAGCUUGUUCGACUCUUGGCAUCUGUAUGUUUAGAGGUGGAGAAGGAGAAGUCCAAGCAGAAGAAUAAAAGUCCGUUGCUCAUUUCCAAGAGCAAGCAAUCUUUCAAUAUCCCUGGGCCAACUGAAGACACCGCAGGGUUAAAGUCAUGGUGGAACAGAAUGUCAAACCGUUUCCGCAAGCUGAAACUAACUCAGACUUUGAGACAUGGGUUCUCUACCAAUCGGCUUGUACCUUUUUCAGAAAAUCCUAGCGUAUCCCUGGACUCUGCACUAAAAUGUUCUCCACACACCGACACUGCCAACCCACGAAGAACAGAGGCUUUUACAGCUUGGACUAAUACCAGCAAAGACAGUGGAAUAACAACAACAAAGGUUGAAAAUGAUGAUUUGCUGCUAACUACAAUGUUAAAGAAUGGAGCGCCAUUUGCCAAGCUUCCUAAUGACAAACUGAAGGCUGUAAUCCCUCCAUUCCUGCCUCCAUCCAAUUUCGAACUGUGGAAUUCUGACCGCUCCAGGGUUAGUAAAGAUGGAAAAAUGGAACAGACCAGAGCUUCAAUGCCCUCACGGCUUUCAAAGCCCAGCUUUAACACUAGUGGGAAUUCUGACAUUACAUCUGUCAGUCGACUACAAAGAACUGCAAAGUUCCCAAGUCUGCCGAGGAGUCCGACCUCCCCUUCAAAUUCUGGAAACUUCAACCAUUCUCCCCAUUCAUCUGUUGGUGGCAACACUGUCACAGGUGGCAGUGCAGAUAACGUUUUGUCUCAAAUAGCAGCCCAUCGGAGAAAGGCAGCAAGUUUAUCGGAGCAGAAAACAACUCAACCACACAGCCCAGGCAAUACAGUGUGUGGAUCCUCUGUCCCAGAACAGCAGAAUGUCACACUGACAGCUAGUACACAUUUACCAAAGAAAGUUGAAAUUUUAAAACGUCCUCCUUCUGGGACAUCCUCUAAUUCUAAAAGCACUUCUCCAACGCUGACACCAUCUCCAUCACCCACCCCAAAGGGCUGUCUCGCUGAGUCCUCUUUAUCGUCGUCGUCUUCUCACAAGCAGUCCAAAAGCAGUGGAGGUUCUAGCAGCGGAACUAUAACAGAUGAAGAUGAGCUGUCUGCAAUCCUUAAAAAAUUGUCACUGGAGAAGUACCAGCCGAUUUUUGAAGAACAAGAGGUUGACAUGGAAGCCUUCCUCACACUUACUGACGGUGACUUAAAGGAGUUGGGGAUAAAGACUGAUGGAUCCAGACAGCAGAUUUUGGCAGCUAUUUCUGAACUCAAUGCUGGAAAGGGGCGCGAGAGACAGAUUCUACAGGAAACCAUACACAACUUUCAUUCCUCCUUCGAAAGCAGUGCUAGCAACACCCAGCCUGCUGGUGCCCAGCAAUCUCCUUCUGUACGUACAAAACCAAAAGCUCCGGUUUCAAACAAAAGGUAGCACCACGAGAACAAACGGAAGCAUAAUUCCAGAAGGAUUGGAAGCCAGUAACUUAGCUGGGAUUUGACGCCAGAGUCUUUGUCCAAAUGGGCAAUCAGACAUUGAAGCAUGUACUAAUCACACGUGAACUCGGGUCAUCAUAUGGCAAAGACGGCACGUUUGGAGCAGGGAGGCA